AUGACGUUCCCUACGGAGAUCGAGCAGCUCAUCCUGUCCAAUCUGCCUUUGAACGCCUCGAUCGACCUCUUGCACACGCUCGUCAACUCCGACUCCGAGAUCUCGUGGCAAGACACCUUGAAACGCAACGUUACAACGUGUCUGCGGGUGUUUUGCUCAAAAGCCGACGUUCACAAUGCCAACAUUGCCGGCCAGCCGUUCCACCAGCACAGCGUGUUUGUGAACUCGCCCGAGUUCCAGCAAUUGGCCGAGAUCAGCGCCAUCAGCCCGUUUGAGAACUCCUCCGUCGAGAUCGUCGCCUCAGUGCAGAACUACCACCAGUACAUCCACCAGAUCACGGCAGUUUUUCCUCCACCCAACACCAUCAGCUUGUACACGGUGCUGUGCGGGCCUGUUCCGGGCAAAUCGCUCGCGCACUCUGAAAACAUCGCCAAACUCAACAUCUCCUCGAUAUCGGCAGACGAGCUCAACACCUUCAAACCGUUCCUCAACAACCUCACCGGCCUGACAUACCUCCACGUCAACAUCGACUACUCCGAGCGCGCAAAUAGACCCUCGUUUGUCCCGAUCAGACUGCCAAAUCUCGUCUCCUUAGAAAUAUCUGCAUUUGCAAACUGUGAAGACAUCAUUUAUCCUUUGGCAGCAUGCUCUCCAAAACUCACCUCUGUGAGUCUCAAGCUGUUCGAGAACGGCCAGAUCAGCAUGAACCGGCUACUAGCAGCCAUGGAGUCCAGCUCGCUUGAGAACCUCACCAUCGAGUCUGUGGAAGACGACGACCACCGUCUCGUGAGCGUGGUCUGGACUCCGGACGAGACCUCUUUACUCAAAUUGGCCAACUUGCACCACCUGCACAUUUCCGGGUUUGUGUUCCCGCCCCGACUGGAGUUUCUCAACCACCUGUCAUGCCUCGAAAGUGUCUCGCUCACAUCAACACGUGAUCCAGACGCUCUGCGGAACCUGGAUUGCUCCACCAUAAUAGCUUUAGCAAUCACACAUCCGAACCGAAACUUGAUUCAAAUCGAAUUAAAACACGUUGGCGUCUUUUCGAACGAUCUGGACCACCUGAGCCAUUUCCCGGCGCUGCAAACGCUUAGCAUCGACUCUGUCGUGCUGAAUCAAAAGUUUGAUCUUUGCUUUUUGAAAAACCUUAUCAGUUUGGACCUCGUGGUGCGCUCCGACGUGACUACCGCAGACUUCUACAACCCGAUUCCGUACGUGUUGUGGCCGCCGCACGUCAAAGACGUCAACCUCACGUUUAUCAGCAGCGACGAGCGUGUUAAGAGACACUCGUUGCAAGCCAUGCUGCCAAAAGUGACACAUAACCGUUUGCCGAGCAGCGUGCAGAACCUGAAACUGAUGCUCGAAACAGAGUCGCGAAUCGGUAAGGAGUCCAUUUUCCACCGGCAGGAGCUGAACGUGAACUCUUUACUCAACAUGCUGCUACCGAUACGGCUAAAAAGCCUCACAAUCACAGGUCUUGACAGGUAUUUCCCGCAGUGGUCGUGGUGGAACGAAAAGUUUCUUAUCAACACAAAGGAGCUUGAGCUGCCACCGUCGCUGGUGAAUCUCGAGGUCAGAAACGCUUUUAUUCAGGACAAGCUGGUGCUCCCAAAACUGAAACGACUGGCCAUCUACAAUUCGUUUUUCUGCGACCAAGAACUUUUCCACAGCCACCUCCAUAAAUCAAACAAGCUCAUCGUGUUGAACUGCUGUUUGGACCAGUCUGUCCAGGAAGCAGAGGCGUUUCUGUCCAAACUGGCCCCGCAAAGAGUCCAGAAACCUCCAGAACAGAUCUUCCUGCGCAGAGCAAACAGAUCAAUCUUUCUCAUCAACGGCUCCUCAACGCCAACUCUAACGAUGUAA